AUGGUCUACACAGGGAAGCCCUCUGGCGGGUGUAAGCUGUGCAGAAUACGAAAGGUCAAGUGCGACGAGGCCAAGCCCUUCUGCAUGAGAUGUACCAAGUCGAAGAGACACUGUCCCGGAUACGGGCCCGUCGUUCGCGAUCAGUCGAAGGCGGCCGCAGAUAAGCUCAAGAAGCAACGACAGGUCAGCUUGGACAGCACUGGUUCGACCGAAUCGUCGGUUUCGCCCAAGUCCGGAUCAUCCGGAGAUAGUUGCCACUGGAACACAUCACAGACAUCAUCAUCAUCAUCAUCAUCAUCACUGAGUUCCCCCCGGCGGAACUCAUCACCGUUCAGAGUUGGCGACCAGGAAGCCGACUUGGUCGAGUGCUUCAAGCAUGUCCCUGGCGGUCUGCUGAAUCCACUCGACGAGCAGGCGUCCUGUCUGUUCCUUUCCGAGUUCGUCAAUGUGCCCUUGACACCAACGGCACGCGGUUAUUACAGCUUCUUGCCUCGCUACCUUGGGCGUGGCGAAAUUUCGGUAUGCCUUUCGCUGGCGUUCAAGGCAACAUCAAUGGCAGCGUUGGCAAUGCGACAGUCCAAAGGCAUGAGAGGCCCUGCUCUGCUGCGUGCCCAGGAGCAUCAUGUCAACGCUCUGAGAGCAGUGGGACAAGCAAUCUCAGACCCGGAGGAGGUUGACAACGACCAAACCCUCGGGGCCGUACUUAUGCUUGCGUUUUACGAGACCUUGAUGUCCAAGGACUCGAUCAAGGAGUACAUCCACCAUCUCAAAGGCGCGGCCAAGAUCGUUCAGAUGCGCGGCCGGAAGUGUCUUGAAACGGACGAGGGCCGGGAAAUGUUCGCCAUGACGCGCAACCAGUGCAUCUCGGUGCAGAACGUCUUCAAAGAGGCCGAGAUGUCUGGGUAUUCAUGGCUGCUGUACAACGAGGCAGUCCAACGCUCCAACCGCUCCACAGUCGACAUCAAUCUCAUUUGCAGCCAGGUACAGCAGGGCGUCGAUAACAUCAUCUCCAAAGCACGCCAACCGACCCCCGAGGCCAUCGAAAAAAUGAUCGAGUUGCUGGGCAAGUGUCGAAAGCUCGAGUACGAAUUCCGUCAGCUGCGCGCGAACCCGAAUCCGCAAUGGAAGGUCGAGGUCGCCGAAUGGGUGUUUAACCGGACCGACGAGGAGCUCGACACGGAGCCCACCUUUGAGGGCCAGGUCUUCAAGUUCUUCAACCUGCCCAUGGCUGUCCUGCAUCUAGUCACCUGGUGCUCCCACCUGAACCUCAUCACAACGAUGAUGCGCUGCAGCUCAUGGCUGGCUUCGGCUGGAAGGGAAGGGCUGGAUGAUAUCGACGAGUACGAACAGCUCGUCGGUUCAGCGAGCGCUCGCGUCGACGAUAUCGUGUCGGGCGUUCCGUACUUUUGCAGCUGGAACGGCUACGGCGUUAUCGUUUCCCAGUUCCCUUGUGGCUCGACCAAGCCGGAUGAUCCACUCAAGGGAGAGGCUGGACUGAUUGUCAUGUGGCCUGUUGCUAUUGCCAUGAAGAGCGAUUACGCCACACCGAGGCAGCGGCGAUAUCUACGGGGUCGACUCCGUUACAUUGCAGAUGUCUCGGGGAUUAGCCAGGCUCGGUUUUUCAUCGACGAAAUGUGA